UAGUCGGCUACGAACAUAGUACGUGUCGCUACUCGCAAGUCGCAGAUAUUUAUUAUCUUACAUCUUACUUCACGUUACAUUUCAGCAACAGCGUUCGACUGGAUAAGUGGUUUUUACGGUAGUAAUCUGAUCAUCCAAAAUGAACAGCUGUCGUACAUUUUUGACCAAACAGGUGCUGCCGACAUUCUCCAAAAGUUACAAAAAAACUAUCACGACUACUUCAUCGAAGUUGCAGCAAACAGAAACCAGUGCAGCAACACAGGUCACGGACUCGCCCAAACCCCUAACAUAUUUAACGGAAGAUGAACAGAUGAUGAAAGAAACAGUGAGAAGAUUGGCUGUAGAUCAAAUCGGUCCACAUGUCAGAGAUAUGGACAGGGAUGGAUUUAUAAAGCAACCCAUAAUUGAUAUGCUAUUUGAAAAUGGGGUAAGUUGUUUUAAUGUUUUGACACCUUGCUUCUACUACGCGGUUCCAACUCAAAUAAGUAUAACUCGUGUGUGGAUAAUUACAUUGCGAAUUAUUUUGUAACUCGGAUAUCAGAUU